AUGGCGUGGAGCAGCGCCAACGAGAGCCUUGAGGAGUUCAUUCAGGUGCUCGCUCGAUAUCAUCAAGCAUACAUGUCCGAUACAAAUUCCACUGUGAGAGUGAUACCCCAGUCUAGGGAGAGACGCUUCACCAGCACUGUCUCAAGCACUUCAAGCUUGAAACGUCCACCAAAAUUGACCAGGUUUGCUGCAAAUUACGGCGACUCGGAUGAGGAUAGUAGCAACGAUGACGAGGUACAUUCAAAUUGUCACUGUAAUUUGGCCAAUCAACUGCAGACUACUUCUUCUGAUGACAGCCAGUCAACAGGUGCCAUAAGUGGAGAGGAAGGCACACUUCCUCCAUACCGCAAAAAUAGAAUGCUCAAUCAGCUUCAGCGCAGGUUUUAUGGUAACGACAACAGCCCAGAUCGGACUAGUGGCAAGGAAAAGGUGACUCUAAAUGAAGCACUCCCCGGCUAUUCCACCGGACUAAUGCCUGCUGUAUACCAAACUACUGAUACUUCGGAUACAUUUCACAAAGAGGUCACAAAUAAUUCAAACGUGGAUGAUAGGAAGCUCGGUUCUCUGCUCACCUCAGAGAAGAGUAAGUGGGUGAAGUCAGUUCUUCAAGCAGUUGUGCCGAUACCGACUUUGGUGGAUAAAAUUAGGGAGGCAAUUGGACAUGGAUGA